UUGAAUUUAGUUCACAUAAUUUAUGUUUACAUUUUAGAACAUAUAUAAUUUCUCUUAAAAUAUUAAACUAAGAAGAACCUAAUUAAACUGAUCCAAAAAACAAACCGAACCGAAUACAAACCGAACCAAAUAUAAACCGAACCGAACACAAAGCAAACCAAACCGAACUAGCUAUGGUUUAUUUCAGUUGAAAAAAUACUAGAACCGAACUAACCAAAUCAAACCAAACCCGAACCGAGAAAAUAACCGAAGUGCUCACCCCUAGUUAGACCAUGUACACAUACAGAGUUCAUAGAACAUUCUCUAACAAAUGGACGCAAAGACAUGUGACCACUCCUACUAUUCCAGUCACUAAUAACCGAAGUGCUCACCCCUAGUUAGACCAUGUACACAUACAGAGUUCAUAGAACACUCUCUAACAAAUGGACGCAAAGACAUGUGACCACUCCUACUAUUCCAGUCACUAAUUCGCCAAAAGUUGCAAUCGCAUUCUCCGACAUAUAUACCUUCUCCAAUAAAGUUAUCUUGAAGUUACCAAUUCUAUGAUCAUAUGAUACCUCGUUAACAAUGUGUUUCGUUGUAAUAUGAUACACUAGUUUAUUAGUAAUUGUAGUAGUCAAAGAUAGCCAACUACUAUUUCCGUUCUCGAAAAUAAGAUGUUUUAGAUUUUUUACUUAUUACACAGAGAUGGAUUUUCUAUAUGUUUAAGGUAUUUUUUUAUACUUCUAAGAAACAUUAAAUGAAAAUAUUUGAAUUGAUUAAAUUUCAUUGGUGAAAAGUUAUCGAAAGUGUAUAAUAAAGUAAAAGAAAAAUUAAAUUAUAAACAUUUAUUAAAUUCUUAUUAACCGUGAACACUUUAGAAAAUCUUACUUUUACUUUUGGAAAUACACGGAGUAUCUUUUAUAGAGUUAAGAAUCGUCAACACAACCCAAAAACUAACUUUUAUCAGACUCAAGAAAGCAAACACCCAAGAGAAAUACGUUCCUCCCUCGGCCCAACCCAAUAACCAACUUCCAGCUGCGAUAGUACGGUCAUUGACACGGCGCAGAGGAGCUUCUUCGGUUUGUCCGUUCUUGACAGAUUCCAACUUAACAUAUUGAACACCCCUGCCUCCUGCUGCGGCCUGGAUCCUGGUCACUUGGCCUCCUUGUGUUUCCACCUUUUUGGCAUUUCUUUUGCUCACGCAAUUCUACUUUUAAUUAUGAAUACGAAUUGUUUGUAAUCAAAGUCAAAGAAAUAAUUAUCAGAGAUUGAGAGUUGACGUUAGAAGUUAUGCUGAGUUAGUGAACAACUGUAUUAAUUGAUCUGCGUCAAUAUAAGCCCAUAAAUAAUCUAAUCAACUCUAUACUAAAAAGAACAAAUAGAGUGUUUUAAGCCUAUCCACGUAGGCAAAUAUAUUCCCCCAAUCAAAACAUUUGAUUAAUCCACGUAGGAUACCGGAGGCUUUCUUUUUCGAUUUUAAGGUCGCAUCUUUAACCUUAUUGGGUCGGCGGACAAAACCAAACACAAAAUCAAAUGCUUUGGACACAAAAUCACAAUGGAUCUGAUAAGAUAUUGUCUGGGCUUGGUUAGGUUUAUUGGGCUUGGUCUCAGUAUAUUAAAAAAAAAACACCACGCGAGGCGGAAACCUCGAUGCUCCGCGCCUCCAUCUCUUCGUCUUCACCCUUUGUUCUUCAUCGUAACAGAUUUUCCGAUCCACAUCUCUACAAUCAAUACCCCACGACAUCUCCAUCCAUCAAUUUCUCCUUUAUGAGUUCGUUUCGGUUUGCCCUUUUCCUGCUCCUUUAUAUACUGUUCAUCUCUUUUGAGUGGAAACCAAAUCUCGAACUUCUCUCCUUAAUCUAUGGCGAUCAAACCGAAUGGAAAAUCCCCUGUUACCUCCGAUCACGAUGACAAAAUCAUGCUUUUCCGCGAUGUCACACCGGGUCCCCACGAAACCCAGCUGCGUUUCCGCUUGAUUCAUUUUUGGGAGGCUUGGAACCCUCUAAAGAAGACGCUUAUUGGGGUUGAGAUGCUGUUAAUUGACGAGCAGGGAUCUGUUAUCCAAGGAUUCAUUUCGCCAAGCCGUAUUGAGAGACAUUUGUCUAAAAUGAAGCCUGGAUCACUUUACAAGCUCAACAAUUUUUAUGGAUCAAGCAACAAAACCAUGUAUCGGGUUUCUGAUCAUGCUGUGACGGUGUCGUUCUCAUGGAACUCGGAGCUCUCUGUUCUUGAAGACAGUCCCACUCCUUUUGAUGAAGACAGAUUCCGUUUUCAUUCCUUUGAGGAAUUUCAAGCUGGCUGUGAUCGCAAAGGAGACCUCUACGGUAAUCUCUGUUAUCACACACACCAUCUAUGAGUUGCAAUGCUUGAUGAUUAAUCUAGAAUUUUGCUUACAGUGCUAUGCGUGUUUGGUUUUGUUUGCUCAUGAGAAAGUAGAUUACUUAGUGAGCACUAUUCUUACUUUCACGGUUAAUCUCGAAUUUUGGUUUGUGAUCACAGAACAUUACAAAUAAGAUUUACUAAUUUCGUUUGUACCCUGAGGAGGACUUUUUUAACUACACUCAGGGUGUUGGUUUUUUUUUUUUUUUUUUUUUUGUAGGAUAGUUUGGUUAGGAUCUGUUAGCCGGUUAAGGUCUAUGUCUGGUUAUUUUCUAUGAAAUUGUUGAAAUGCUUUUCCAUAUUUAGUCUUCUUACUUACACGCUUAAUGAUUAAUGGUAUAGAUGUUCUUGGGCACAUGAAGCUGGUUAAUGGUCAGUGUCUCACUGGGACCCCAGUUCUUGAUGAAGUGGAAAUAGCUAGGGCGAGGCAUGUGUUGGUUCAUGUGCAGUCGUACGAUGGACCUGUGGUGAAGCUCUACCUUUGGGACCAGGCUGCAAGAGACUUCUGCAAAAAAUUCAGAUCAUACGAAGGCACCCCCACCGUGUUAUUGGUGACGACCGUUAACACCAAGAGUCUCGGAAGUUCAGUUUCUAACUUUAGAAAACUUUCUUACAAUUAGUUAUCUGCUCUUGCUGGUCUUUGAAUGGGUGUUGCUUAAUACAACAGGUACUCUGGCACUGACUACAAUGUCCUCCUCACGUGUCUUUAUGGACUGCGACGUCCAACCUACGGUCGACUACAUUAGCUGGUUGGGCUCUAACCCACAGAGUGCUGAGUUGGUUAAUGCAGAAGUGGUUACUAAAAGGGAGACACUGACCAUAGGAGAAAUAUACUCCUACAUCAGGGAUGGAUCUAAUAAGGAGGCUUUUUUUGAGUGCACGGCUACGAUUGAUGAUGUGGUCCAUGGUUCAACCUGGUAUUACAUAUCAUGCAGUGGUUGCCAUACUAAGGCUACGAAAGGCCCAACUUCUUUGAUGUGUUCAAAAUGUGGGAAAGUCAACAUAUCAGGAGUACCACAGUACCGUGCACAGCUAUCUGUCUAUGACAACAGUGAGCAAGCUGUUUUUGUUCUUCUUGGUGAUGCUGGUUUUGAGUUAACCGGGAAGCAUGCAGCCGAGUUAGUCAGCAGCUAUGUUGAGGCUAAUGGAGACCAAGGAGUUACUCAAGAGGUGCCUUUCCCGGAAGCUUUAAUUAGCACUAUCGGUCAGAAACAUAACUUUUGUGUAAAAGUUACAAAGCACAACUUAGAUGGCAAGUCUCGAUCUUUGACUGUGACCAAGAUUCUCCCUCUGGAAUCUCCACCAGUCACAGAAGCUUCGGGAGGAAACUACAACCCGAUAACCUCAGAGGUCGGAUUUGAGACUGGAACGAAGGUGUGUGAAGCUUCCAAAAUCAGAGUGGAUUCGGCAGAGGGAAGUAAGAGCAAUGGUGACCUUGAUGAGAUGGGCAAAGCAAAACGCCUCAAGCGUGGGGUGUAGAUCUUACGUGUGUUGUAUCAUGUCUUGCAUGGGAUUACGUCUAAAGUUUUUUUUUUUUUUGUUCACUCUGUUAUUGACUUAUGCUUUCUUAGAAAGUAUUAACUUAGGGAUAAUAUUAAAAGGUUGAAAUUUGGUGGGAUGGGGUGUAGUGAUCGCCUUAUAGGCAUGUGUGUCGCUAGAUAUAUUAAUUGUAUUUCUUAGGCCAUAAACCAAGAUAUACAUACAAAUUGACACAAAAGGUUAAUCAAAUGUUAAACGUAACUUAAAAAUAAAAGUUUAUAUAAUAUAUAUAUUUCGGUACAUAGAAUAAUACUUCCCAAGUAUUAUUAAAUUAUCUUCCCAAGUAUUAUUAAAUUAUAAAGAUUUAUUGAAACACAAAAAUAUAGAUAAACUUAGUGUAUUAUUGUAGUUAAUUUUUUUCAUUUCCUAACAGAUUAUUUUGGCAAACCCAAAAUUACAAUCGUUAUUAAAUCCAAAGAGAUUUUUUUCAUAAUUUUAUGUUCUCAAAAUUAUUAUAAGAGGAUGGAAAGAUCCAAAGAGAGAAAAUACAACUAUACAAUUUUUUGAUUCCAGUCUCUACUUUUUUAAAAAAAUCUUCUUCCUCCUAUAUUAAGCACUUGCAAAAGCAUUAUAUAACUUAUUUGGUUACGAUCUUCUACAAAAAACGUUUUUUUUAAUUCACAAAUCGAAUUCACUCACACCUUCACGUCGCACCAUUUUAAAUCCAAUAUCUCACAUAACAAUAACUUAGAUACAUUGUCUAAAAAACUUCCGCUAACAUAGAAAUUUCAACGAAACUGAAACACUUUUAAUAAAAAGCUCAUAAAUUAACGUUCAGUAAUAAAUGCUCAUUCACACCAAAAAAAUCAUAUAUUUAAACUCGAGAAAUUCUUGGGUUCACCCCCUAGGUGAACCUCUAGAUUCACCAACCAAUAGUGUUUGAGUAUUUGAUAUUUGAUAUCU